AUGUCGCGGCACCGAAGCACGAGAGACGCAGACGAGGACGCCGCGCCGCUCAUUGGCGGCGCCGGGCAGGUCCUGCGAUCCGACGGCAGCGUGCAGGAUGCGCGGCCCAUGUCCGCCGACCUGUCCAUCCAGGGCAUGACCUGCACGUCCUGCUCGUCCGCCGUGACGAAGGCCCUCCUGGCCCUCCCGGGCGUCUCCAGCGCCAGCGUCUCCGCAAUCGACGGGCGCGCCGCGGUCGAAUACGACGCCGCGCGCAUCCCCGACGCCGCGUUCCAGCUCGUCGAAGCCGUCGAGGACUGCGGCUUCGACGCGCAGCUCCUCUCCGCGAAGCCACGCGUCGCACCGGGCGCCCACACCAGCAGAACCCCCGCCGGCAAAUUCGACGCGAUGCAACCCGUCCGCCUCCGCGUCGGCGGCAUGACAUGCACGUCCUGCUCGUCCGCGGUCGAGCGAGCGCUCAGCGGCGUCCCUGGCGUCAAGUCCGUCGCGGUUUCCGUGUCUACCGGUGUCGCGGACAUCACCUACGACACCGGCGCCGGCGCGGGCGUCGCCGCGCUCGUCGAGGCCGUCGAGGACUGCGGCUUCGAGGCCGAGGAGAUCCCGCCCGCGCGCGUCGACGCCUGCUCCCUCACGGUCGACGCACUGACGGAGCGCGCCGCGCGCAGCAUCGAAGCGGCGCUGCGCGCGAUGGACGGCGUCUCCGAGGUCCGCAUCGCGCUCGCGACGCAGCGCAUCGACGUCACGAUGGACGCCUCGCGCGUGAAGGUCCGCGGCCUCGUUGCCGCGAUCCGCGACGCCGCGGGGUUGAGCGCGCGCUUGUUCUCUGAACAGAACGCCCUGCGCGACGCGAGGGACGCGGAGGCGCGGAAGUGGAAGCGGCUGGUCGUGCAGGCGUGGGUCCUCGCGUUCCCGCUCUUCGUGAUCCACAUGGUGCUCGGGAACAUCCCCGCCCUGCACCACGCGCUCAACACCCCCCUGCUGCGCCUGCCCGUCGGGGCGUGGGUCGGACUCGCGCUCUCGACGCCCGUGCAGUGGCGCGUCGGGUGGUGCUUCCACGCCGGCGCCGCCCGCGCCGUCGCGCACGGCGCCGCGGACAUGAACGUGCUAGUCUCUCUCGGAACCACCGGCGCGUGGGUGUACUCGGUGGCCGUGUGCAUCGAGCGCGUGGUGCGCGGCGGCGACGCCCCGCUCCAGCAGUUCUUCGAGACCCCCGCGCUCCUCAUCGCCUUCAUCCUCCUCGGGAAGUACCUUGAAACGAUCGCGAAAGGGCGAACCUCGAGUGCCAUCGAACAGCUGCUGAGCCUGGCGCCGCCGGACGCGACGGUCGUCGAGCUCGACGCGAACGGCGACGUGGUGUCGGCGGAGGUCGUCGCCGUCGAGCUCCUCGCGCCGGGCGACUACCUGCGCGUGUCGCCGGGCGGGAGGGUGCCCGUGGACGGCAUCAUGGUCUACGGCGCGUCGCACGUCGACGAGUCGAUGGUGACCGGGGAGUCCGUGCCGGUCGGAAAGGGCCCUGGGGACGAACUGACGGGCGGGACGAUCAACGGCGACGGGGCGAUCGUGAUGAAAGCGAUGCGGGUCGGGCAGGAUUCGGUGCUGGGUCAAAUCGUUGCGCUGGUGCAAAAGGCGCAGAUGACGCGCGCGCCGGUGCAGGCGGUCGCGGACCGCAUCGCGUCGAUGUUCGUGCCGGUGAUCAUCGCGUCCAGCGCGGUCACGCUGACCGCGUGGCUGAUCGCCGGGUACGUGGGAGGGGGGUAUUCGGGGGAGUGGCUGCCCGAGGGCGUGGGCCGCGUCGGGCUCGCGGUGAUGUUCGCGGUGACCGUCGUGGUCGUCGCGUGCCCGUGCGCGCUCGGCCUCGCGACGCCCACCGCGGUGAUGGUCGCAACGGGCGUCGCCGCGCAACAUGGCAUCCUCAUCAAAUCCGGCGCCGCGCUCGAAACGACCUGCAAGGCCUCCGUCGUGGUCUUCGACAAGACGGGCACGCUCACGGAGGGCCGCCCCGUCGUCGUCGACGUCCUCUGCGGGCCCGACACCGGCACAAACGAAAGGCUCUCCGGGGAAGAUACGCUGCAUGUUUCUGCGCGCGAGGAGCUCGCUCUGCUCGCUGCGAGCGCCGAGGCCGGCUCGGAGCACCACCUCGCGCGCGCAGUCGUGCAGCACGCCUCCUACGUGCUCGCGCCCGGCCCCGGCGACGCCCCGCGCCUCCUCGCGUCGCGCGACUUCCUGGCGCUACCCGGCCGCGGCGCCUCGUCCACCGUCGUCCUCGACGCGCGGCGCACGCCGCGCGCGUGGGUCCGCGCCCAGCGCGGCGCCGCCGGCGGCGCGGAGCGCGCCGUCGAGGUCGUUGUUGGCAACCGCGCUCUCCUGUCGAAACGCAACAUCGAGGUGCCGGCAGAGACCGAGGUGUGGAUGGAGGAGCGGGAGCGGCGCGCGGCGACGUGCGUGAUGGUCGCGGUCGGCGGCGCGCUGGUCGGGGCGUUCGCGAUCGGUGACCGCGUGAAGCGCGAGGCCGGCGCGGUGGUACGCGCGUUGCAGGCGCGCGGCGUGCGGUGCCACAUGGUGACGGGCGACAACCACCGCGUCGCGGACGUGGUGGCGGCGGGGCUCGGGCUGGACCACGUGGUGUCGGAGGUGCGGCCCGCGGACAAGGCGGACAUCGUGCGGGGCCUGCAGCACGACGGGGAGGUGGUGGCGAUGGUGGGCGACGGCGUGAACGAUUCGCCGGCGCUGGCGGCGGCGGAGGUGGGCAUCGCGAUCGGGUCCGGGACGGACGUGGCGAUCGAGGCGGCGGACGUGGUGCUGAUGCACUCGGAUCUGACGGACCUGCUGGCGGCGGUCGACCUGUCGCGGACGGCGAUGCGGCGGAUCUGGUGGAACUACGUGUGGGCGACGGGGUAUAAUGUGGUGCUGGUGCCGAUCGCGGCGGGAGUGCUGUUCCCGUCGUUCCGGGUGCGGAUGCCGCCGUGGGUGGCGGGGGCGGCGAUGGCGGCGUCGAGCGUGUCGGUGGUGUGCUCGUCGCUGCUCCUGAAGCUUUACAAGCCGCCGCGACGCGAGGCGCUGUACAGCUCGAUCGAAGACCGCGCGUAG